GCCCUUUGCGGUUUUGCGCUCAUUUUACUGUUCGAUGGUGCUGUCGGCCAAGGUAGAUCACCCUGUAACAGCGAUCAGGUAAGCACAGCAUCCGUGUCUUCGUCCGUGUUGCAAACUCGUCUUGCUAGGCUCCAUCAUAAGUUCUCGUUACCACGAAAUGGCGUAGAAAAGUCAUUUUCUUGUAGUCAAUUAAGGUUCUUUUGUCCUAUGGCAAAAGGCAAUAUUAUUGUAACAGCGUCUCAAGAGUGUUCUAAUCAUUGCAUUUUGGGUGCACGUGUUUUAAGGGCAAUUUCUAUGACUGACUUAUCGAUUUUGUUUUAUGUCGUCUUUUACGAGUGAAAUGCUUUACUGUUUAACGGUUUAAGGUCGGUUCUUUUAUGGAAGUGAAGCCAGUGUUUAACAAAACCGUGUUCUAAGCCAUUUUCAGUUUCCUCAACGCUUUUAUCUAAACACCGAUUAUCGUGAACAGUUUCAUGCAACCAACAGGGCAGACCGAAGAAACACUUGUCUCCUUAAAAUUACUCACUAAGAAAGAGAUCUGGAGGUCCAAUGAUUUCUUAGUCCGCGGCCUAAGUUAGACUUUGUUAGACGUAACCGGUGCAAUUGAAAUGUUAUUUUCUUGGUCUCUUCCAAAGUGAAGCUUUUAUUGUCAAAUGCCCCGUGGUAUCUUUAACGCAGAAGUUCUCCUUUGCCCCAUUGUCUAUGAUAGCACCUCCUGUGUGGCAUAUAAAUAUAUUUACACAACCAUCCUUAAGAUUGUCCAAACUCCGGCGAUCUUUUAUUUUUCUCAUCAAACCUCGAGUGAAAACUAUAAGUGCGAGGAAAGGUAAGCUCUGUGGCAAUUUUAGUGUGCAGUCCGAUAAACCUGAUAAAAAAAACAGAAAUUGAUGUCAUCAAAAACUCAUUCUUGCAUCUUUUUUCUUGGCUUCGAUACCUGCUGCGAAGGUGCAAUUAGUCAGGUCGAUGACGCAAUGUUGUCUGUAAUAGCCAAGUUGAAGAAUCCCGACCUUGAAAACUCUACGGCAAAUUUGUAAUCGCUACGCAAAUUUAUAGCCUUGUGUAGCAUAGCACCGAGAUGUUUGCAGUACGAAAUUACUUGAUUCACUGAAAAAUUUCAAGACCGAGCUUGUGGUAAACUUACGACUUUCUUCGACUUAGCCUUGCCUUGCCUCCCCCUUGAAUGUUGUUGUUCUGAAGUUAAUUCUUUUAGAAUCUUAAUUUUAUUUUUCAGAUUCCUUUGUCUCGUAGUUUAUAUUUUGGGUCACUAUUUUACCCUAAAAUAUUGCAGUUUGAGCUCAGUAAUAUAUUUUAUCCCUGAAAACUAAAUAAAAAAAAAUAAUUACUAAUUUUUCGCUUUUGGCAAUAUAUGUUCUGUAUUAGACUUCAUUUUGCUCCAAGUAAAUCCGAAAUUGAUUUGGAAGUUAUAACUUCAACUCAUUCGUGUUUGUUAUUUUCUUUAUUUUCUGUUUGUUUAUGUUUGGGGUUCACUGUUGAAGUGCCUAUUCCGAAUUCGAGUUUAGCAGGUGUUUUGAAUUUUGUCCGCAAAUUUCCAUGAUCCUGGCAGUGCUGUUAAUUACGAAACUAAAAGAAAAGAAAAGUUUAAUUUAUCGACACUCUUCAACCAAUAAUGCAACGUCUACAAACAAUACCGGCGAUAUAUUUUGUUUCAAUUUUGGGAAAACACGUCCAACUUUUUUUGCAAUAAUGGAAGUUGCUAAUUAAGUGGCAUUUUACUGGAUUGCCAGCUGGGUUUUACUGCAAGUUAAGGCAAUUUCUAAAACAGGAAGACUUCUAAAAUUUUGUUAAGCAGAUGCUAGGUGGAGACGUCAGUGCAUUUAAUUUAUUUACCCACGCUUCGCAGUGGAGGAGGUACGCAGCUGUCAGACUAUUUUUUAAGACCUGUGAAACGCUGAAUUUUCAAGUUGAUGGUUCGUUUUUGAGUUGUGAGAAUUAAGAGCUUAAACUAAGAGCUUUUUAAAGAACUAUACCAUUGCUAUUUUUUAAUUUUUGUUUUAAUAAUGCCAUUGCUAUGGUUACCUGCAUGCUUGCAACUUGUUCAAACGAUAGAAAUUUGAUAGAGCUAAGCACAGGGGUGUUUUAAAAAAGCUAUGGUUGUCAUUUUCACAGCUCAAAGUUUGAUACCGUAAAAUUCCGAAAAUAAGCCCCUCCAUGUAUAGGCCCCUCAAAAUAUAAGCCCCCCAAACCGGUCACACAAAAAACCCUCCGUUAAAUCGGCCCUCCAAAUAUAAGCCCCCGGGGGCUUGUAUUUGGAAAAUUGCCCUCAAAUACAAAGUAAAACAAAGGAAAAACGGUAAGUUUAGUUCCAACUAUAAGGCUAGCCCAAUCGAUUUUGAAACGCUAAUUUCCCUCCGUAGAUAAGCCCUUCCAAAUAUAAGCCCUUCCAAAAAUAAGCCUUUGAAAACUAUAAGCCCCGGGGCUUAUUUUCGGAAUUUUACGGUAUUUUUCCUACAUGCCACUAGUUCAGUUACGUAAACGUUUUAAAACUUUUUUGGUGUUUUAAACGGAACCUGCAGUCGUCAUGGCCUACGUGAUGUCUAUUGUAAGGAGCAUGAAUCCCAUUAGCUUGAAUUUCUUAACAUAGCUUAGAUCCCUCUAAAAGUUCAAGUAACACUUUUACUGCUCAGGACUUUCUAAUUCCUUUUUUCUCGGACAACGUUUUUUUGUUAGAAUGGUCCGCGACGGGCGGUCAAGUAAGUGUGAGAAAAUCACAUUGUGUAAGACGCUUGCUCACCAUUUUACUUAGACAUGACCACAAAAUGUCUUCUAUUUCUUAGGUCCACUGCCUGGCUGAGCAGAGAUGUGUCCCACGCUUUCAGUUUCGUUGUAGAGAUCAAAGCUGUGGUCAAAACGAAACGCUCUGUGGUCCACCACAUGAAUUAAAUUGCAUUGUUGGAAACACGUGUCCUGAAAGAAACGACAGCAACCCUUUCGGCGGGGGAGGCAACCCUUUGGGUGGGGGAGGCAACCCUUUCAGCGGAGGAGCCAACAUAGGUGGUGGCAGUAACUCUUUUGGCCCAGGCAACCUCGAUGACGAUGAUGAUGACGGUGGCAACCCCUUUGCUCCACCUCGUCGCCGAUCUCGGGACGGAGAGCAGACUAUGGAUCAGGGCAAUGGCUUUGGACACGAUCAAAAUGCUACUAGAUUAUUGAGGAGGAAGGUGCAAGGUAGAUCGUUUAAUCGCUCGAUCAUCGAGGAGGUUAUUGAAUCUGAAAAUUACGAAAACGAUUCGUUGGGUGGCCAGAGUCCGAAAGAGUGCGGUAGAUUUUAUUCUGCUGGGAUAAAGGACGCCGUAAGGAUGCUGAUGCGCCUGAUGGAUCUAGAUGACCACUGUUGCGAAAUGAAUGAGAAUCCUCAACGUUUCGCACGGAAACUUCGGAAUAUCACCCGACAGUUUGAAUGCCCCAAGCGAACCAAAUUCUGCCCUUUCCGCUUUCUUGUUAAGGGUAACGGAUGCAUACCCAUGGGAAAAAAUUGCUCCGCGGUACACGGAAAUCACUUUGACGAACCCUGGUCUCCUUGCCGAAAAAUGCCCAAAAAAGGAUUUAAGUACUGCAAACUUUUCAACGCUGAGAUUCCUAAGGAGAUGCCGUGUUCUCAUCGUCCUGUAAUGAAGUGGAUGGCAAUGAACAACACCCGCGUUUCCGCCACAGGAAAGAAGUGUCGUAACGGCACAAGAUUCUACCUUUCGACGUUUGACUGCAGACCCAGGGGACAGGGUAGUGGAUUUGAAGAUCUAACUCGUCGAGCAUCCAAGUUUCUCUGCGACCCGUUAAAACGUCUUUGUUUCGGAUGCGGAGUUAGUUGCCGCUCGAAAGAGAGAGAGUGCCCUCGGAGAGCCAACAUGAGCAUUGCACUUCGUGAAGCUGCGCUUAAUCUUGAGCCAAGUAAGAUGCCUUCUUUUUUAACUCCUUUACGCCCCAAUAUCCAAAUGCAGAUUCUCCAGACUGACCUCCAUACAUUUCCUUAAAGAAUUGGUUGAGAGAAUAUGUUUGCUGAUCAAAGCUUUCCCAUCAGAUGAUCAUUCCAUUAAUUCUCACAACAUCUUCUCUAGUUUAUAUACUGAUAUUGUUAGGAGAAAAUAGACUUUGGUCACUCUUGUGACUUAGAGGGUUAAGUACAGGAUAUCGCUGUUCUCGGACAAUUCUGUGCUGAAGUCAUUACUUAGUGCCUUAACCCGUACACAGAAUGCUCCUGUAGCAAACAAAUUUCAUUAUAAGGGUGCACUCAACAUAAUAACUUUUUUGGUGGUCUUUACAGGCAUAGCUUUAAAACUUGAAAACGGUGGCCCAAAUUUUUCAAGUAUUAUCUCCUUCCAUCCUUGCCAUCCUUUGCAACAGACGAAAGGAAACAGUUUCAAUGCCUAACUAUAGUCUGAAAUAACAAAACAGGGCCAUCAUUUGAGGAAUUCAAUUGAUGCAAAAAAGGUUUUUUCCUUAAAAAAGACAGCAAAUGGAGUGACAUAGCUUCUUUCAGCUAAGCACGUUUGUAUUACCCUGCUGUAUUACGAGUCAUUAUUUCCCAUGUUGCCACCAUAGUAAAUUCACUUUGUACUUUUGUUCACAGGCGUGAUCAGAGAUGAUGCUCUUCGUAAUCUUACCAAAGCAGGUAAAGUAAUGAUCUCAAUGUCACUAGGGUUUUACAGCAAUGGUUUCACGCGCAAAGAAGUUUAAACAGAAACAAGAUGGAAUGAUGGGGCAAGGAGGGAAAUGCUCAGUCUAGUCCUUGAGAUACUGUAUUUAUUCGAUUAACCGCCCUGGGCACUUUUUACAUUAUUGGACCUUGGGAGGGGUCGUUUAUUCGAGGCUGGGGGCUUAUUAAAUUUUCACCAUUUUCAGCAGGUGUAGUAUGUUUACUUUGUAACAAAACAAUAAAUGGUAAUAACAAAACGCAAAGAUCUAACAAAGAAAGGUUUCUGUAAAAUACUCCGAAGAAAAUUCCGUCUUCAGGGAAGUACAUAUUCAGUUUCAAUGAGUGGGAGCGGGAAGGGGUGGGGUGGGCGCUAAUUAACUUUUUCCUCCUUUAGUCGAGGUGGGCGCACAUUCGAGGUUGGGCGCUUAUUCGAGUAAAUACAGUAUGUGAAUUUGUUCGCCAAAGUUACUUUCAGACCAAUAGGUGGUUUUCAUGCAAUCUCGGGAGACACAAAUAACAAUGGUGAAAUGAACAAAUGCUCGUGGACAAACAAAGCGAACCAAUGAGCGAUCUUUUGUUUACCGUCCACCAGCAUGGCGACAGUGACGUAACGUGAAAACCACCUACUGAACGCUUAAUGGGAAGUUGGUUUCCAGAGAGGUCCUCAGACGUUUAUUCAGUGUGUUGGCAAGAGAGAAUUCAACAGUUGGCAUUACAAUACUCUGCGUUGUUUGCCUUAAUUUGUUUGCGCCUGGACUUGGAGACAUUUCAAAUAAUCGAUAAAAAUGUGCGGACGUCUCAAGAAUUAGACUUCCGUUUGAUAAAAACCUCUAAAAAUAGCAUUCACAUAGACCGGCCAACGCCGUAAGAUUCCCUCUCUGUCUUCCUUACUUUUCUAGUCUUCUGCCAUAUUUAUUGCAAGGCAGCGCAUAUAUAACUUCACUUAGUCAAUUUGAGUGUCGGAAUAGGUAGCUGUGAAAUACUAGUUAAACGACACCUCUCCGAAAUACUUUUGCAUGGGGCUUUUUGCUUUCUCUUGAACUUUUACAUUGAUCGCUGUAAGGACUGAAUGCGUUAAUCUACCUGCCAGCUAACAGCCUGUUCACAGACCCUCUAUUAUUACUCUUAAGAGAUCGUCAAGCGUGCGUAUGAGAGCCGCGGUGGAUUUAUUGAUCACUAGCACAAGCGAGUGGGUGUGAGUUACUUAACAAGUGAAUUCGCGCUGCCUCAAACGUUAUCUCGCUUGUUCCAUUUAGUUUAAUUCGUCCAUUUGUUAUUUGGCAAAUGUUGACAGAUUUUUCUGGAGUUGAGUUCUAAAAGAUUGUAUCGAUGUUCAGGAAAAGAAAAAGAAAGUCGUUGUCUUGUGUUGUGACGUGUUGACGGUAAUGAAAAAAUACAAGAAAGUGUGCUGCACGUGCAAAGCUGUUGUUGUUUCCCUAAUCUAAUGCUACUGCUUCUUUGACUUCCUCGUUGACGUCGCCGUCGUCGUUGCUUAAACUCCCUUUUGUGAUCCCUAGGUUGGGCUCCGUUUUGCCUUCUCAGCAAAAAACUUCUCGCACGCACUUUAGAUGGGCUUUUAAAGUGCUUUUCUCGUGAUGCACACUGUCGCCAAACCGGCUUCAAGAAACACCUUAACUGUAUGGCAGGCGAGGACUACUGUCAGAAACUCCACUCGUUUGCUCGUCGCUUCUCCACAAAGACUCAUGACAAUUGCCGUCUCCUGAGGACUAAUCCAGCCAAAUUUGAAGAGAAAAUAAAAGGAAAUUGGAGUGAGAAACCCUGGGGAGGAAAAUGCCAUCGUGGGCAUGUUUUUUGCCCGAUUACGAUGCGUUGUAUACGUAACGAUAGCAUUUCCAACUGCAACGCGAAUGAAAAGUUUUGUCAAAAGGAUGGUGAGAGUAUCCCUUGGAAGACGAAUCAUUCCCUGGAGGCAGGGGACAAAUUCUGCCACCGUUUGCUGAGGUAUGCAAGAGUUCUUUAGGCACGCCUACUUUUAAAUUGUCGAUGUGAAUAAUAUACCGUAUAUUCUCGAUUAAACGGCGCCCUCGAAUAAAAGCCGCAUAUAAUAGGAAAAUUAUCAAUAAACGCGGCACCCAAUCAGAACAGUGCGGCGUUUAUUUGAGGAUUAUACGAAAAGCUUCUGUACAUCGUCGUAAUCUACAUAAUCAAGACAAUUACGAUUCUAUCUCAGCAAAAAAAAACAAAACAAAACAAAACAAAACAAAAAAAAGCCAGUCAUUGGAACUCUUAUAAACAUCUUUCUGUUUACAUAAUACAUGUCAUUUAUUGUGGCAAUUUAAUGUGAUUAUGUGAUUUUCAAAUAAACGCCGCCGGUCAUUUGCGGUCGCGCGUCGAUAGUGGGGAUCUUUUGCGGUCGACGAUCAUCUCUGGUCCAUUCUGGGGAUCAAUUGCGGUCUGGGGAUCAUUUGCGGUACUGUAUAGACCUUCCUGGCUCCAGUAGCAGUGACCUUGGCUCGUUAUGUCACUUAAUUCACCCACUGUUUUCAUUUGUACCACCACCUUAGAAAAGGGGUACUAAUGUUACAUCAUUUUACUCUAACUUAACUCUCUACUAGCCUGACACGUCUCUAUUAACACGGACAUUUGAGCAUCCAUCUAAGAGAGAUUUGACUAUUGUCUUAAAUUUAAAAAAAAGCAACAUGAAAUAAAAAUACAAAUCACGACAAAAAUACCUUAAAGAGACUUGAAGGAAAACCUUAACAGGCUAAGAGUGUUCAUUUCUUUAGAAAUGCCCUAGUAACUGAAUUUAUGACAGUGUGAGUUAAUUCAAUGAUAUCAGUUUUCGAUCUUUCUAUUCAAAUGGGUCUAUUACUAACUGUUACUUUUCACCCGCAGCCCUGCCCUUAACAGCUCCUGUUCUUUUGGUGUAAUGCUAAAUUGGCUAGAGCGGAAAAACAAAAGCUGCUCUCCUUUUGGUCACUGCUGUCCAAGUGGUAAGAAUUUCUCACUGUCACGAAUGAGGUGUGUGGGUGACCCAAAAGACGGAUGGGACCAGAGACCGGAAUUUAACGAAACCAAGUGUGAAGAUGAUAAUCAUGUGUUUUGUCACCGCCAAUAUGCUUGUCUUCCUAAACACUCCAACUGCACCAAACCGACAAAAUUCAACUUCUUCAAUGUCAGCCAGUUUGCCAACCGGUCAGGUAAGUGCCUUCUUGUCAUUAGAUAGUCCCUAAUAGGGUUCUUUAAAUCUCUCCAUCCCGACUUAAAUUUACCCUCAACCCCGUAAUCCCGAUGAUUAUUUUUGGCAUCCCCCAUCCCUUGCAUUCUUUCAAUCCCGAACCUCGCUUCCCCCUUUUUGUAUGAAAAUCCCGAAUCCGAAUCCCGAAUCCCGAACCCGAAUCCCGAAUCCCGAACGUUCUUUGCGUUCCAAUAGCAUUGAAGACACUGAUUUUCCGGUACGAACAUUGUAUCAAAAAAUAUAUCGCUUUGGAACCUGUUAUUCACUGUUAUUUGAUAGUCCUCAAUAGGGUUGUUUAAUCCCCCCAUCCGGACUUAACUUUUCGCUCAAACCCGUAAUCCCGAUGGUUUUCUGCAUCCCUCGUCCCGCACAUUCCCAACUGAGCCAACCAGGCGGCAUACUUUUGACACAUGUUACUUUUUUCCUUCGUGUAGGUUAUGCGGCCCUGUGCCAACUUCGGGUUACCUUUUCUGCAUGUUUGGAAAAUCGUCUGAGGAAAUGUAGACAGUUUCAUUCCAGAGAGAAUGGUAUUUGUCGCGCCAACAUCGAUUGCCCUGAAGAUAAAGAGUUCUGUCCCCGCAAAGUAAGGUGGGUGUGAUCUCUGAACAGCUAGUUUAUGUUGGUAUUAGUUAUCAAGAAAAGUGGAUAGGAUAAAAUAAAGUGAAGGAGGUAAAGUGUGAAGAAAGGGUAGGUCUUAGUUUCUAUAAGGCAAGAUGAAUUAAAAUGAGGUGAGUUGAAGUGAUGUAAUGUAAAGCAAAGAUAGGGAAUCAAAGUAAAACAAAGCAAAUUGAGUAAAAUUUGAUGGCUAGCGGUUAGUUUACAUGGUCUAAAGGGAAUUGUUGUAAAACAACCUUAAACGAAGUUGGAAAUAGCAUCUGAGGAUCAAGAGGGCAAAUUCCAUACUGAUGACGAGUCAUUACCCAGAUGUAUAGUGCUUCUGAUUUGUUAAGGCAAAUUUCCUUCCCGGAAAAACCAAUCAGAAGCAAUACCUAGGUCUGGGUAGUGNCCCCGCAAAGUAAGGUGGGUGUGAUCUCUGAACAGCUAGUUUAUGUUGGUAUUAGUUAUCAAGAAAAGUGGAUAGGAUAAAAUAAAGUGAAGGAGGUAAAGUGUGAAGAAAGGGUAGGUCUUAGUUUCUAUAAGGCAAGAUGAAUUAAAAUGAGGUGAGUUGAAGUGAUGUAAUGUAAAGCAAAGAUAGGGAAUCAAAGUAAAACAAAGCAAAUUGAGUAAAAUUUGAUGGCUAGCGGUUAGUUUACAUGGUCUAAAGGGAAUUGUUGUAAAACAACCUUAAACGAAGUUGGAAAUAGCAUCUGAGGAUCAAGAGGGCAAAUUCCAUACUGAUGACGAGUCAUUACCCAGAUGUAUAGUGCUUCUGAUUUGUUAAGGCAAAUUUCCUUCCCGGAAAAACCAAUCAGAAGCAAUACCUAGGUCUGGGUAGUGAUACGUCAUCAGUGUGGAAUUUCUCCGCUUGUUCUUCAAACGUCAUUUCGCGGGGAAACUACGCCGAAAAAUGUCGGCUGUUUUCUCAGGCUACGUAGGAGGUAACCCUUAGUUGUUGUCAUUUUAGAUGCGUUCUAAGGGGAUACUGCACUAAACAUCCAAAACAAAAGGAAUCGAGCCCGCCAAGAACAACUUCAACCACAGCUACUACAGUUAGCCCGCAGUGCAAUCCCAAGGAACCUAAGCUACAAAUGUUGUGGGCGGGACAGUCCCUUAAAACACUGUUCACUAGCGAUAAACGUGUGGGUCUGUUGGUAGCUGGAGAUUUUGCCUCCGAGUUACAGUUUAAACGAGGCGUUGGUGACUGGAUGGAAUACAAAGGAUGUACACAGGAUGAGAUGCGAGUGGUUUCAAAUGAUAGUGUAUUGAGGUAA